CCAUAGGUUGCGUCUGGUGGAGGGAGAGUGAGCGGGGCUGCCCUGAAUGGAUUGACAUUAGAGGGAUUUACAUUUUAACGGGUGUCGUGCUCCGUAAAGAACACACGGUUGCACGUUGAAAACCGACAAUUUCGCCUGAUGUUUUGUCCAUGUUGGUGCUUUUAUCAUGUGCAUGUGUCAUCAUCGUCGUGAGAGGAUUGAACUUGCCAGCAGUCUAUAUUUGUCGAGGAGGGAAACCAAUACAAGGUCUCGCUGUCUUGCUGGAGCGGAGUAUUAUUAGCAGUUCAGACAGUGCAACUGUCUCUCUGGUCAUGCACUGGAAUUGCAGGAUGACUUCAUAAUUCCCCCCCCCCCCCCCCCCCCCCCCCCCAAAAAAAAAAAAAAAAAAAAAGGAAGCAAGAUUUUAUAGGUUUUAAAAAGAUAAAGUUGUAUGCUAAGCAAAAAGUAAACAUUCACCUUGCGCCCAUGCCGGCUGCCAGAAACCAUCCCCUCCACACCCUCAGCCAUGCCUACUUCUACUAAACCCACUAGGAGACAGACAGCUGCUCAGAGAAAAAAUGUCCAAAAAGUGGUCAGCGCCAAGAGGCAAACCUGUAACUCAAACAAACCUAGGGGAAGAGCCGCAGAGAAGCCGCAGAAAACACCUCCAGAGCCCAAAAGGUUGCCAGCGAGGGCCAAGACACAGUCAAGCCGUAGCCCCCGUGGAAGAGGGGUUCGUGAGCCUGCUAGUCAGAGCCCUGGGAGGUCACCUGGCAGAGUUAACCAUGCCUUAAGUGUAACAGGAUCCGCAAGGCUCAGACGACUGAGCAAUCCGCCUGAACCCACUGGCCAGCUACAAGACCCCCCAGGGCGAAGGAAGUCUCUGCGGGGCACACAGGUGUCUGUUACUCCCUGCCAGCCUCCUAAACCAUGCAGAGGGAGAAACAGGAGAGUGGGCACAGGGAGAGGAGCAGCAUCCCAGCAUGGACAUACAAGAAACCAGUCAUCAAGCGUCAGCAUCAAUGAUUCAACAUCCGAUGGGGAACAUGAGAAAUUGGACAUCUGUGAUGCAGAAGAAAUGGUUCCAGUUGCUCUAAAAACGGAUUUUGAUGUUCCUGCUGGUGUCAGAGAUAAGGGUCUUUGUGUGAGCAAUGCGAAAGAGGGCAGCCCGCUUAAAGCAGAUUCACCACCACGUGAAAUCACACUGGAAGACUGUGUGCAGGGCAGCAGUGACAGCACUACAACCCAACAAGACAAACUGACUGUCCUUCUUAACAGUGAAAGUGACCUGAGGUGUGUGACAGCGGCACCUGUGUGCGAUGAUGUUGAUGGACUCUGCAGCGUGACAUGGAAAGAUACAGGGGUGCAGGGCGGCAGCAAGGGAAACGACAGUUCAUCCAUCCUUGGAAAUAAGCGUGCUCAUCUUGCCAGUGAUGAUCAAGGUUAUCGUAAAGGUGACGUGUGUACUGUCCAACAAGAGGAAGCUAACGUGUCGGACUUGGAAGAGAAAAGUAGAGAUAAAAAAACGACAGUUGUCACUGAAGAGUCUGAGGAGAUAAAUCAUGAGAGAGGAGAGAGUUUCACGGAAGAGAGACAAAAUGAGACCGCUGAAGAGAUGGAGGCGAUAGUUGAGGGUCUGAGUGAUCGUGAGAAAGAAGAGGGAGGACAAAAUGAUGAGGAGAAUUAUGUCUCCAUCAUUCCCACCGACCCCAGCACUCCAGCCCCUCGACCUUCACACCCAUCCCCCCCUAACAAUGGCCUGACAGCACAGUCAGAAUCACCUGUAAAAAUCCUACAGGUCUCCAACAUAGCUACCUCAAUGUCCACCAAAGCUGCCACCACAUCAGAGUCGAUCGAUAUAGAGGUUCUGAGUCAGGGUAAGACGGACAUGCAACCUACAUUUAAUGGCGCUAAAUCUCAAUUGCCAGGGUGCUCAGCUUGGUCUGAAACUGCACCGAAGUUUCAGACUGUUCUAGUGCAACGAAAAACGCCAGUUAUUAUCCGUAAUGACUCCCUUAAACCUAUGAGCUUUAGGGAUUCCCACCAACAACAAAGUCUAGACAUCCCAUCCUCGCAGGGAGAAAGAAAAGCUUGUACACCAGCAGAGACACACACCAAAGAUAGUGACUCUAAUCCAGAGCAACGGGAGUGCAAGAGCAAGCAAGAGACACCUUCGCUGUCCCUGUCGGUUGUUCCUCAGUUGAACUCGGAUGCUCUAACAGCUGCUUGCGAGCCAAACAACAGCGAGGAAGGUGUUGUCUCCGUGCCAAAGAUCUCAACGCCCUCACUGGACAGUAGCUCCACCAGCUUCUCUUUCAGCUCGGAAAGCACUCGUUCCUCUUUUUCUUUUGACACUGAAUCGGAGGCAGGGUACGGGGAGACAGUACCCUGUAUCCUACCUGGAUCCUGGGGGCCUGAGGGGAACCAAAUGCCCUCCUGGGCCGCCCGGAAAACACAGAAGAGGGAGAGGAGGAAGCGGAGCAGGUGUGGGACGUGCGAGCCGUGCCUGAGGAAGAUCAGCUGUGGGCAGUGCAGCUGCUGUCUGAACCGCAGGACAGGACAUCAGAUCUGUAAGCUGAGGAAGUGUGUGGAACUGAGGAGGAGGAGACCUUCAUCCUCACUCACAUUCUCUGCUGCUCAGGUGGUUCCAGAAAGUGGCCCGGUCAAUGGCAAAGGCAAGGCACAGAUGGAUGAAACCCACACAGCAGCAGAGGAAGAUGAGGGGGAGGAAGGACACAUACCUCAUACACAAUCUCCCCACAUCGCCUACUCGCAAACCUACAACCUGGCCUCGGACCACGGCGGGCGGCCAGCACUUGUUAAAAGAGAGCCGGGGCUCGAGCUGACCGGCAAUGCACGACUCCAACAUGUACGCUCUUCUGUGACUUUUCAGAACGGUUCUACUGAGAACCCGACUAAACCUAACGGUGCUAACAUGACCACAGGGUCACAUUGUCAACUGAUAUCUACAUUAAAAAGGACUACAAGUGCGUCCGAGCAUCAAAGGACUAUAAUAGCUGCGAUCCCUAAAGAAAGCUCUGAAAGUGGACUCAAGAUGCCUCACGAUGACGCGGCAGUUCCUCUGAAGAAGAUCAAAGUGGAGGAGCCCUGGAUGUGGAUCAGUGAACAGGCCACCUCUAAGCUAAGUGAUGACGAAGAGGUCUGCGUGGACCCGCUGUCCACGCUGGCGACGGUGGUGUGUCUGUCUGUCACAGAGAGAAAGGGGCUGGAAGAGAAACUUUUCAGCUCACGUUCUUCCAUUCUUCGCUCCAUCAAAACAGAGCGGCAAGAUUUGCACUUCAUCAAGAAGGAGCCACAGGACUUACAGAAUGACUUGAGACAGAAAAGCACUCCUGUUAGCCUGCAAAGGACUCCCCAGGCUAUUAAAAGUGAACCUCCCCCAAGUGUCUUGCUGCCAAGCGUGCAGUCUCUGGCAGAGAAGAGAAAUCUUAGUUUUGAACAAGCUAUUGCUAUUGAGGCCUUGACUCAAUUGGCAGCUAUUCCUCAAAGCACCCAAGGGUCCAUUAAAGCUGAAAAUAAGUGUGAACAUCCCAUCUCUACUUCAACCUCCAAUACAAAUACAUCCCUGCAAGAAGCUAAACCCACAGCAGCUAUCUGCUACAACAAAGUCUCUGUCAUCAGCUCUCCAAUACAUCAGACGUCAGUCAUACGCCCUCCUGUGGCCAGACAAGGAAAUGUCAUCCAGUGCUCUAAGGGGUCCGGCUCUAGCACCAGGCUGUCUCUGCAGGAUCUCCUAGAUGCCAGCUCAGAUGGCGACAAAAUGACGAGCACGGGCAGGAAAGAGAAUGGCUUUGGUUCUUGUGUCUUCAAAUCAGAAAGCUGCUAUAAAGAUCACAGUGACGCGAAGUUCAGAAAAGAUCAUAAUCGGUUGUUUGGGGGCGACAAAGAAAGGGUUGUCAGCAAAGGAGGGAGAAACAGAGAUGAGGAGGAGGUGGCAGCCCAGCUGGCAGACCUGGCCUUCAUCAUCCAGGCUCGACACAGCCUACAGUCGGAGAACAACCCUCCAAAAGGAACACCGGUGUCGGCCAUUAAGUACAACUACAACUCACAGCAAUCCCCGAGUCAGAAAAAGACCCCAAUGAAGAAAACAAAAACCACACCUUCCAAGCCUAGAAAGAAGAAGAUUAAUGAUGAAGGAAUCAAUGGCAGAACCCCCCUCUCAAAGCGCAUGCAUAAUGGAGAGACACCAAGUAAGAGCAGAGGCCAGAAGAUUCUCCCUCAGGGGCAAUCAGGCCUUCAUCAUAAGAGGAACCUGUUUCUGCCCCAGGCUCAAAUUGACCUGAAGAGAUACCUGGCUGAGGCUGAGGAGGAGAGGAGGCAAAUCAUCCAUCACAGUAAUGCACACAAUACAGCCUUCGCAGGGCUGCAGACUCAGAACUACAGCACUCUCACACGGAUCCACCACACCCCUGGUCAAGUAAACCAGCCAUGGUCCCUCUCAAAUGGACCGCUCCAUCAACACAAUCCAUGCAAUGGUAAUGCUGCAGGAGCGGUGCCAGAGUAUGGCAGGCAUUUGUUAUCUCAGGUUGCGCAGCACAGUGCGGAUCCUUACACCAGCCCAGCAAAUACCACUCUCUUUAGCCCCCCUAAUGGGCACCAUGGCCUGGCUAAUGGCUUCUCAGGGGCUACAAGGUCCCCACCUCCCAGCCAACAGGGCUACUACAAGCUGGAGAGGUCAGGACCCGUCACUGUGCUGUCCACAGCUACUGAUGGAGACUCUGCGGAGUCGACUCCGAUCAAGAACAAUGUCAACAGCUUUCUGGAGUCUCCUAUGAGUUUUCUGGAUACCCCGACCAAGAACCUGCUCAAUACACCUUCCAAAAAACUGGCUGAUCUUCCUUCCUGUCAAUGCAUGGACCAAAUCAUUGAAAAGGAGGAAGGCCCUUACUAUACUCACCUUGGGGCAGGACCUAGUGUUGCUGCAGUGAGGGAGUUGAUGGAGAACAGGUAUGGUACCAAAGGGAAUGCAGUACGGGUGGAAGUUGUUGUUUACACUGGGAAGGAAGGAAAGAGCUCCCAGGGCUGUCCGAUAGCUAAAUGGGUGAUCCGGCGUGGCAGUGAAGAGGAGAAGCUGCUGUGUUUGGUCCGCCAGAGGCCCGGUCACUACUGUGACACGGCCGUGUUGGUGAUACUCAUCCUGGCCUGGGAGGGAAUCCCUCGGCCAGUAGCAGACCACCUCUACAAGGAGCUCACAGGAAGUCUCUUUAAACAUGGCUCCCCCACCAGCCGCCGCUGUGCCCUCAAUGAAGAUCGUACGUGUGCCUGCCAGGGUUUGCACCCUGACACCUGCGGAGCAUCGUUUUCCUUCGGCUGUUCCUGGAGUAUGUACUUCAAUGGCUGUAAGUUUGCCCGCAGUAAAGUGCCACGCAAGUUCCGCCUGCUUGGAGACUACCCGGAGGAGGAGGGGAAAUUAGAAAGCAACCUUCAGAAUCUCGCCACUGACCUCGCACCACUUUACAAGAGACUGGCUCCUCAAGCCUUCCAAAACCAGGUGGAGAACGAGGCGGCAGGAGGAGACUGCCGGCUGGGCAGGAGGGAAGGUCGACCUUUUUCUGGGGUCACAGCCUGUGUGGAUUUCUGUGCUCACGCUCACAAGGACACUCAGAACAUGAAUAACGGCAGCACUGUGGUAUGCACUUUAACCAAGGAAGAUAACCGUGCCGUGAGAAACAUACCAGAGGAUGAGCAGCUCCAUGUUUUGCCACUUUACCGGAUCUCUGACAGGGAUGAGUUCGGUCAGUUUGAGGGCCAGGUGGCCAAGAUGAGAAGUGGAGCUCUGCAGGUUCUGUCUUCCUUUCCUCGAGAGGUGCGUCUUCUGGCUGAGCCAGUGAAAUCAGCCCGCAAGUUGAGACAAGAGGCUCGUCAGAAGGCUCAAGCAGAAAAACUGGAGAAAAAGCUGGGCCUGACUCCUCUGACACCCGGGAAGGUGAAGAGUGAAACCCCCAACAAAGAGCCACAGGGCUUCUACAGCUCUUACAGAGUACCACCCAGACCAGUCAGCGUUGGAAGGUACCUACCAGAGAGGAACCAACCCAGCACUUACAACCAGAGCACCAGCAGCUACCCCCCUCUGGAUGCAGGGGUCAGCCCACAGAAGGAGGUCAUCUCCCCCAACCACCAUGUCCCGUUUGGACAGAAUGGUGCAGCUCUUUAUUAUAAGACAGUGAGUGAUGCCGUGAAUGGAUAUCGUCCAUCGACUGGUGAGCACAGUGUUCUGUCAGAACGUAUACCUCUUCAUAACGCCCUUAGUGACUUCCCGCGUACUUUUAAAACCGAACCCAACGAGGAGCAGUGCUCUCCUCUGCACAGACCCUCCCCCAGUGGGAGUGCUCCUUCUCCCUCCUCCUUCUCCCCAAGACCUACCUCUGAGGGCCUCUUCAGCAGGCUCAAUGGACUCCACGGGGCUGGCGGAGAUGUCAGGCCAGAGGUCAGGGGCCAUGGCCUCCAUCAGCUCCCGUCUCUCCCUCUUUCCCAGCAGACUCUCCCACUCGAACCAGAGGAAGUCAAGCAGGAGGAGGUGUGGUCAGACAGCGAGCACAACUUCCUGGACCACAAUAUUGGUGGGGUCGCGGUGGCACCAUCACACGGCUCCAUCUUAAUAGAGUGUGCCAGGCGAGAGCUCCACGCCACCACCCCCAUCCUCCGCCCAAACCGCAGCCACCCCACCCGCAUCUCCCUGGUCUUCUACCAGCACAAAUCCUUAAAUGAACCAGGUCACGGCAUGGCCAUGUGGGACGCCAAAAUGGCAAAGCGCGAACGAGACCGGGAGGAGGAGGCGGAGAGGUUAAGGAUGGAGGACAGCCCAAUGAAUAACGGCAACGGAGUCGGAGGUGUGGAUCCGGAGAAGGAAACGGGGGAGGAGGCAGAGGAGGAAAAGAAGAUGAUGAAUGUCCCAACACGUCAAGCAUGGACUCGAACGAGGGACGGCGUCAUCACUGUGUCCCCCUAUGCUCUCACCCAAGUGACGGGUCCCUACAACCGCUGGACUUAGUCACCAUGUUUUACUCACACAAACACACACACACACACACAGAGAAAACUCCUACACCCUGUGCUUCUGCCUUACCUCAAUCCACUUCAAUCUGCUACUCUCAUUUUUACGUUGUUUUUAUUGUGCUUUUCUAAUAUCGGUUUGUUUCACUUUGUCCUUCUUUGUCUCUGACUUCGGAGUGAUGAGGAAGACCAAAGUUUGUUGGCUUUUUUUAACUGUGAGUUUGGGUGUUUUUAUUGUAAAGAGAUGGUGCUUUGAAGCAUUUUAAAGAUGUUUUAAAACUGGUUUUAUAUACAUGAUUGAGAACAAAAAAGAUGUGAUUAUUUAUUCUGAUCAGAACGAUUUCUAUUUAAUUCCUGGUGUAAGCCUGUUUACUGCAAGAUUUCUAUGAUACCCUUCAUUAUGUGUUGACGCUCAGAUUUAUGUUGUACAAUAGGAUUAUGCUCUUUAUUUUUCAGCCAAUAGUUCUCUUUUCAUGAGAGUCUCUUUUCUUAUCGGCUCUUUUCAUUGGUGCCAUUCUCACUGUAACCUUCGUUAAGCAAACUCAUCCCAUCACAUAAUGUCAAAACCAAGACUCAUAUUGUACAUAUAUUUACUACAGAUUGUCACAUGUAGCAUUGUGCUUUUCCUUCUGCUGCCUCUGGCGUCUGUGGGCAGGUGUUGGAAGAGAUGUACUUUAUUUUGGUUUGUUGUUUUUCUUUGUUUUUCUCUCCAUCUGGAUUGUUUGUCUGUGAUUCACAGCUGCGUGUGGCAUAUUAAAAAAGCACUUUUUUGUUUUUCUAAACUUAACUUGAAAAAGGUCCCAAUACAUAGGCCUGAUAUGUAUGUACAGAUAGAGAUAUAUAUGACAGCUAAGCAUGAACCCGGUUUUAUAUUUACAGUAUUUCUCUAUUAUUGGAUUUUUAUUCUUUUGAUUGAUACAUAUCUCGUGAAAUUUAGUAUAAUAGGAUUGUGAAAUGCUGCAACAAUGAAGUGCUUAUCACUGUUGGCACUUAACUAAUAUUCACCUUCUGGAAAAGAAAUUCAAAAGUCUUUAGCUGUUUUCACUCAUGCACUCCUGAAAAUGUCUCAAAAAUGUCAGGAGAGCCUGCUCCGGAAAUCUUCCUGAGGUGCUUGUUCACACAAUUGUUUUCGCAGCGUGACGUUUUCCCUGUCUGAUGGGGGAAGGAGGGGUCUGAGGAGGCAAGACAUGACAGAAAAAUGACAAUUGGGAAAUCCAUGAUGGCAAGUCAGACACAAUAAUGACAGUUUUUUUUUUUGCCAGUCAUCAAACGAGUGGAAAAGAACAAACUGGUGAGCUAAAAAAGUGUGAAGCAGCUUCAUUGCUUGCACAAUGAUCACACCGGUCUUGUCAUAUAAAUGCCAUAACCCCCUCCUGCUCGCUUGCAGUGACUUUUCCUGAAUAUUUCCUGCUGUGUUCACACUACUUAAAGCGGAAAUCUUGUUAUGGUGCUGGUAGGAAAAAGUCCGGGUAAAGUUUGAGUUCACACAUGCAGCUCAUCUCCAAAAUGUCAGAUAAAUGUUCAGGUGUUUUGUGCAUGUUUGAAAACACUAUUUCAUGAGGCACUAGUGUGAUUGUUUCACCAACUUACUGUACAUUCAAAUGGUGCUAAAUAUACCUCUGUUUUUAAAGAAGUCACAAAGUGUCUAAAAUGUCAACACGAUUUUGCCAGUUUUUUUAAUGUUAAUAUUCUAAAAUACAAAACUGUUUUAGCCGACGCAAACUCUUCAAACUCUUUCUUCCUUUCUGCUUUAUUUUCUGUUUAGUUUUGAAAACCACUUUAACACCACAUCACAGUCAGACAAUUUACCUAUGAGACGAUUUCAGGGUGCUUAACCCUUGUGAAGAAUUUGUUUACAGAUCACUUUCUUACAGGGUCUGAAUAAGGAGGUUCAAAUCCUGGUUAGUCAGGAUUUUUUAUUUUUCUUAUAACCAUGACACAGAAGCUGUUCUUUUUAGAAAUCUGUCAUUUCAUCACAAACUCUUUCACAUUAACACUGGUGCUGGAGAAACAUUUUGGUCUCUACAGACUUUGACCUUUGGUGCUAACAGAUCAAGAUGUCAGAGUUCAUUGACCUAUAACCUUACACUGAGCGGUGCUUGCAUGGUGCUUUUAAUGGUGAUUAAAAACUCUGCACACUGGUCUGUUAUGUGGUUUAAAAAAAAGGGGAAGUUCUAUUGUUUCUCUGGAUGAUAACUGGCUGAUAACAGGCUGAGAGGUGUUUGUUUCCCACCAUCUAUCGAGAUGUUUAAGUGCAGGUCAAAAGCAAAUGAUUGCAGAUUUCCAUCACAAAUAAUUCAAAAGUCUUCCACGUGUAACCACAUGCUCCAACUAUUCUGAAACACACACAAAAUAUAAUGAAUGUAAACCUUUUUUAAAUAAGCCGAUUUAGAUAAGAACAUUUUUGAACAUGGUAGAGUUACAUUAGUAAAUGUUUCUAUUGAUUUCAUGUGGGCGACGCUCUCAGUCCACUCUGAAAGUCUUUGUAUCAAUGAGGAACUAACAACGAGCACCAGCAUUAAAAAAUAUGAAAAAAAAAAAAACUUUUAUGAGUAGAAAAGCUGUAAAUACAUAUGUGAACCAUAUUGUUUUUACUGUACUGUUAAUGGUGUUUAGACAAUGGAUGACUUUGCUUAUUUUGAAACUAAAUUACUGUAUGUUGCUGAAAGUAUAUCCAGUUUAGACUUGAGAAGAGACUCAAUUUAGCAUUCCUUUAAUGGAUGGCUGAUCUCUUUCGGGAUUGUGAAAUAAAGUCAUAUUUAUAUUUUGGACCUUA